AUGAACGAUAUUUAUUGGCACGAGAAACGAACGAUGUCUUCGAAACAACUUUCGUCACCUCCGCCAACACAACCUAGACGUUCAUAUGAAAAUGCACAUCGAACGAAACAUCACGAGCAAAUGGAUACUCGAUAUAAUUCACAUACGGCAUCAGGUCGAGCAGCUCCUUCGCCGUAUUAUCAUUAUCCUACAGUAACAAAUCGAUCACAUCAUAGUAAUCAUGGCAAUUUUGCAUACACUUCCAGUACACAAGGUGUUUAUCAUCAAACACCGCCUGUUAAUAUGACUCCUCCUCCACUUCCGGUGUAUUCACGCCAUCACAGGCAGAUCGAUUCAAGAGAUCAAUCUCAUUAUUCUCAGCAAAGAUACUCAUCUCGUAGCGCUAGUGACGAUUAUUUUAUAUCAAACUAUCAUGAUUCAAAUCAUCUUAAUGGUAACAUGUAUGAUGAUGAUGAGAAUGACGAUGGGCAUAUUCAUGUAGAGGAUAAUUCGGAAGUUUUCAAUUAUCCUUUCGAUGAUAUAAGUCGAUGCUUCGUUCGCAUGAGAACAGAUUUCGAUGAUUCAUCAUAG